AGCAGCAGAGAUGGAGAGUCAGAGUCGGACUAGUUUACAGUGUUGUGUGGCGCAUGCAUUACAGUAGAUUAUGUUGCGCGUCCAGCAGGCGGAGUGAUCUGCAGGCGUUAAAAAGUCCUGACAGCAGGAUUCGACAGCUAAACACUGUAAAUUUAGGACAGGUAGAUAGCGGACUUUUUCUCCCCUCUUUCUUCGCAGAAUAUCCAGUUAACGCAGCGAUACAAAACGGGACCAUGGAGAGAAAAAGCCUACCCGUUAAGCGUAUUCUCAAUAAGCCACAGAUUUUCCGCAGUGACCUUCGCACCGAUGUGAACACCGGCCAGCCGCGGGCCGGACGAUCGCUGCAGACCAAAGUGCAGAGAAGCAGGCACAAGAAUCUCUACGACGUAAACCAUCAGCUCAAGGUCAAGCCUGAUUUAAACACAACACUCCCAGUUCGACAGACUGCUUCCAUCUUCAAACAGCCGGUGACUAAGAUAACUAAUCAUCCCAACAACAAGGUGAAAACAGACCCUCAGAAGGCGGUGGACCAACCAAAGCAACUGUUCUGGGAGCGGAAGCUGAGCGGGUUAAAUGCAUUCGACAUAGCAGAAGAGCUGGUGAAAACUAUGGACCUUCCCAAAGGCUUGCAGGGCGUCGGGCCGGUGUGUUCUGAUAAAACGCUGCUGUCUGCCAUUGCCAGCGCGCUGCACACCAGCCCAGCGCCCAUCACUGGCCAGCUCACUGCUGCGGUGGAGAAAAACCCGGGAGUCUGGCUGAACACGGCCCAGCCUCUCUGCAAGGCCUUUGUGGUGACUGAUGAUGACAUCAGGAGGCAGGAGGAUCUGGUGCAGAAUGUGAGGAGACGACUUGAAGAGGCCCUGAUGGCCGACUCUCUUGCUCACAUAGAAGAUGUUGCCGCAGACGCAGCCGACGACAAAGUGGAGAAGAAGACCGAGCCGCUGGAGAACGAGGAGUUAUAGCCGAGGUUUGCUGAUAAACUCCAUGUACUAAAAAAAAAAAAAGACUCCAUUUUGUUUCGAAUGCAGAAAAAAAAAAAUAGAUCUUAAAAUUUUUCCUAACCCAAACAAAGACUGUCAUCUUUAUUGUUUUAUAUUUUUACACUUGGUAAUGUAAUCCUAAAAGGGUGCUUUUUCUUUUGUUUUGUUUUACCUCUACUAAUGUAAGGCAGCUGUGGAAGGUGCUCAAUACAAUGCAGUGUUACAUUAGUUUCCAGCUGUUUUAACCUCAGUGUUGAAGUUACAAACCUCACAUAUGUGAAUUCGUGUGUUUUUUAUAAUGUCGAUGUGGGUUCUGCAAAGGCUGUAUAUUUUUAACUGUUCUCCCAGAUUGCGUUGCUUUAUAUUUUACCGAUACUGUAGGUGGUUUGUUAUACGGUGUGUUUUCUGAAAGCGUAGAAAAGCUGCAGUAUUUUUAUACGAACACAGCACUCGUGUGGCUGUCUUCUUCAAGUUUUACGGUUAGUUUUGUUCCUGAUACUAAGCCUGAGUCGUCAUAUUUGCAUUGUUUGUGUUCUUUUGCCAACAACAUUAAAGUUUAGAGAGUAACGUUAAAGAUUUGGAAAGACAAGUGAAAUUGUACAACACUGAUGUACUGUACAUCCUUAUGCUAUUUUUGUUUGUGAAAUAAAUGCAGCUUCUUUAUAA